UAGGAUGGAUUGGUAUGAUCACAUAGUUCAUGCUGCAAGUAGCGCUUCGGAUGAUGGUGAAAAAUGGUUGCUAUUUCGGUUGACUGAAGUGAAAAGACAAAUGCCGAAACGGAGCGGCUCACGUCCUGGGAGACGACCCAACGUCAAUCGCAAUUUCCGUUUCGGUCAUGAGAAACUAUUGCAGGACUACUUUAGCGAGACACCUACGUACGACGACAAUCAUUUUUUACGGCGUUUUCGCAUACCGAGAGCGAUGUUCCUCGAUAUCAUGCAGGAACUAGAGUCGAGUGAUGACUAUUUCCAACUUCGGUGCGAUGCAACUGGAAAAGUCGGUCUUAGCUCGUUGCAAAAAUGUACAGCAGCUUUACGGAUGUUGGCGUACGGUGCCUCCGCUAGUUCUCUCGAUGAAAAUUUAAGAAUUGGAGAGUCGACCAGCCUGCUUACCCUGAGGAAUUUUUGCAAAGCAGUCCUCAAUAUUUACGGCCCGGAGUAUUUGCGUGCCCCUGCACCUGAAGAAGUAAACAAACUUAUGCAUCAAAAUGCAGUACGUGGCUUCCCUGGUAUGGUGGGAUCCGUAGAUUGUAUGCAUUGGGUUUGGAAAAAUUGCCCUGUGACUUUCAAAGGGCAAUACCAGGGAAAGGAAGGAAAGUCAACGAUAGUACUUGAAGCCGUUGCGUCGCGGGAUUUAUAUAUUUGGCAUGCAUUUUUUGGUUGCCCAUGAAGUUGCAACGAUAUUAACAUAUUGGACCGCUCUCCGCUUCUGAAUGAUGUGUUGCAGAGUAAUAUGCUUGGUGGAACAUGGGGUGUCCAGGAUAAAACAUUCAACCAGGGAUAUCUUCUUGCAGAUGGUAUAUACCCAGACUGGCCAAUAUUUCUAAAAACAAUCAGUAAUCCCCAGACUGCCAGGGAGGAACAUUUCGCCAAAUGCCAGGAAUCGGCUCGUAAAGAUGUCGAGAGAUGUUUUGGUAUCCUUCAAAGUUGCUGGCAUAUCUUAGUACAUUCUUGUAAAAUCUGGGAUGAAGAAACAAUCCGCAAUAUUAUGUUGACGUGCAUUAUAUUGCAUAAUAUGCGAAUCAAAUACAAAACUUAUGCGAUCGACGAUGCAGAAUUUACGAGCAACCUGAGCGGAGGUGAACCUGAUGCUGAAUUUAUUCGUGUUACCGGUCCAUCUCGAUUAUUUUAUCAAAUACGCCAAGAAAGAUCUGAUUUACGCAACUCGAAUAAAUAUUACGAGUUAAGAAACAUUAUUAUGGAACAUUUGUGGGCUAUUAAAGGGGAAUCAAUGUAAUUUGAUUUGAUUCGUUCCUCAUUCUAGAUGAAAGUUUUAAGUUGCAUACACUCGAGAGCGUAUUUAUUCAAAUAAAAACAUGAGUC